AUGCCCCAGAAAGUUGGCAGAACACUGAAGAUUGACUACAUCAAGGCUCUUGUUAAUUGGCAUCGCGGACAACCUCUAGCGGCCCCUCAAAAAGUUCGUUCGUUCGAGACAGCAGAAGUACUUGAUCAAAUGCAUAACGUCAUCCAUGAUACGACCACCCCCACUUGGCUUGGUUCCAUCCCCACGAAUUUUGGUGAGGCAUCUGCUGGGACAAUUAAGGCUGAUGAGUGCUUGUGGGGAGCUGGUACAUCGCAUUCUUCUGACGAACUUGCUGUUCGCCUCAAAACUAUCCUCGAUCACACUAUGGAAUUAGUCGGUGCAGUGUAUCUUGCUUGUGCACGAACAAUGACACCAAGAAGGGCUCAAGCCUAUUGCUCACAUAUCGCUGCUUAUGUCGGAAAGUUACAGACAAUUCAUCACACCUUCUCUGUGCGACCGAAUCACCAUGCAUCAUUCCAUAUAUAUGAUUAUCCGCUCCUAUUUGGGCCUGCUCACUCGUGGUGGUCUUUUCCUUUCGAACGUUUAAUUGGAAUUAUACAACGCAUUCCUAUCAAUCACAAAUUUGGGGAGCUUGAAAACACAAUGCUUCUUUCCUAUAUCAAAGCUGCAAGACUUCGCCGUUGGCUCGCCCGACCAGACUGUCCACCUGCUAUUCAAGAGUGUGGGGUCCUGUUUGAUCGAGUAUUCAAUAAGAGCGCUAUGAGUUCUAUCCAUGAGCUUGCCAAAGAUCCUAUGAAUGAUGCCAUCAAGGUUGCCGACUGUGCAGCAACUAGUGCGGUGCCUGAAGACCUGUAUACCCUCAUCAGACGACGAAUGGCAGUAUUACGUGCUACACUCAAGUUCGACGGUGUCAUCUACAGUAAGGCGUCUACACACUUGGGCAACAGCCAGAUUUUCUUCUAUCCUUGCAGAGAUCAGACGUUAACCCCUGUCGCCACCAGUAUCAAAUACAUUUACACGAAAUUGUACUUGACAGACUUCGAACCCCGCCUUGAAAAUGCCAAGGUGUCAUGGGUCAUUAGUCACUUUGCGCGAUGGAGGGCGGGUGAGCGGGCGAUGGGCGGGCGAUGA